AUGGCUCCUGUCACUUUCCCUGGACAGAGCUGGAGCCCCGGAGACAAUGGGACAGGGACAGAGCUGGAGCCCCGGAGACAAUGGGACAGGGACAGAGCUGGAGCCCCGGAGACAAUGGGACAGGGACAGAGCUGGAGCCCCGGAGACAAUGGGACAGGGACAGAGCUGGAGCCCCGGAGACAAUGGGACAGGGACAGAGCUGGAGCCCCGGAGACAAUGGGACAGGGACAGAGCUGGAGCCCCGGAGACAAUGGAGACAGGGACAGACAGAGCUGGAGCCCCGGAGACAAUGGGACAGGGACAGAGCUGGAGCCCCGGAGACAAUGGGACAGGGACAGAGCUGGAGCCCCGGAGACAAUGGGACAGGGACAGAGCUGGAGCCCCGGAGACAAUGGGACAGGGACAGAGCUGGAGCCCCGGAGACAAUGGGACAGGGACAGAGCUGGAGCCCCGGAGACAAUGGGACAGGGACAGAGCUGGAGCCCCGGAGACAAUGGGACAGGGACAGAGCUGGAGCCCCGGAGACAAUGGGACAGGGACAGAGCUGGAGCCCAGGACAGGAGACAAUGGGACAGGGACAGAGCUGGAGCCCCGGAGACAAUGGGACAGGGACAGAGCUGGAGCCCCGGAGACAAUGGGACAGGGACAGAGCUGGAGCCCCGGAGACAAUGGGACAGGGACAUAGCUGGAGCCCCGGAGACAAUGGGACAGGGACAGAGCUGGAGCCCCGGAGACAAUGGGACAGGGACAGAGCUGGAGCCCGGAGACAAUGGGACAGGGACAGAGCUGGAGCCCCGGAGACAAUGGGACAGGGACAGAGCUGGAGCCCCGGAGACAAUGGGACAGGGACAGAGCUGGAGCCCCGGAGACAAUGGGACAGGGACAGAGCUGGAGCCCCGGAGACAAUGGGACAGGGACAGAGCUGGAGCCCCGGAGACAAUGGGACAGGGACAGAGCUGGAGCCCCGGAGACAAUGGGACAGGGACAGAGCUGGAGCCCCGGAGACAAUGGGACAGGGACAGAGCUGGAGCCCCGAGACAAUGGGACAGGGACAGAGCUGGAGCCCCGGAGACAAUGGGACAGGGACAGAGCUGGAGCCCCGGAGACAAUGGGACAGGGACAGAGCUGGAGCCCCGGAGACAAUGGGACAGGGACAGAGCUGGAGCCCCGGAGACAAUGGGACAGGGACAGAGCUGGAGCCCCGGAGACAAUGGGACAGGGACAGAGCUGGAGCCCCGGAGACAAUGGGACAGGGACAGAGCUGGAGCCCCGGAGACAAUGGGACAGGGACAUAGCUGGAGCCCCGGAGACAAUGGGACAGGGACAGAGCUGGAGCCCCGGAGACAAUGGGACAGGGACAGAGCUGGAGCCCCGGAGACAAUGGGACAGGGACAGAGCUGGAGCCCCGGAGACAAUGGGACAGGGACAGAGCUGGAGCCCCGGAGACAAUGGGACAGGGACAGAGCUGGAGCCCCGGAGACAAUGGGACAGGGACAGAGCUGGAGCCCCGGAGACAAUGGGACAGGGACAGAGCUGGAGCCCCGGAGACAAUGGGACAGGGACAGAGCUGGAGCCCCGGAGACAAUGGGACAGGGACAGAGCUGGAGCCCCGGAGACAAUGGGACAGGGACAGAGCUGGAGCCCCGGAGACGUGGACUAUGCUGCAGCCAAUCACAGAGCAGCACACUGAAGCGCACGCUUACAAACCACUGCUUAGUCAAGAGUCCCUAA